GCUGCACUCGCUGAAAAGUAUAAUCAAAAUGGCUUCUUCUAUGGGAGGGAUGUUCCCUGGUCAGCAGCCGCCUGGCCCUCAUCCUGCGGGUGCCCCUGGCGCUCCUGGGCAGCCAGGCUUACUACCGGUCGCUUCUGGGAGCAGGAAUCAGAGCAAUAAUACUUUGGUGGAUGAUCUUGAGGCUUCUUUCGAGGCGUGUUUUGCAUCUCUUGUAAGUCAGGACUAUGUGAACGGCACAGAUCAAGAAGAAAUCAGGACUGGUGUUGACCAGUGCAUCCAGAAAUUUUUAGAUGUUGCCAGGCAGACUGAAUGCUUCUUCCUACAGAAGAGAUUACAGUUGUCGGUACAGAAACCAGAGCAAGUUGUAAAAGAGGAUGUGUCAGAGUUAAGGAAUGAACUGCAGAGGAAAGAACUAUUGAUUCAGAAGCACCUCACCAAAAUCCACCACUGGCAGCAAGUACUAGAAGACAUUAAUGUUCAGCACAAGAAACCAACAGAACUUCCCCAAGGCCCACUGGCUUUCCUGGAACAGGCUUCUGCUAACAUUCCCGCCCCCAUGAAACCAAACUGACCAUUGGCAUUAAAACGUUUUUACUUCUGUAAAUAUAUUCUGCAGCCUUUUGUAUUGAUAUUAAAUUACUUUUUUUGUGACUGAA